AUGCACUUCCGGCCUCCAGCAGCCAAUGAGGGUGCAGCCACGGGUGUUCCCUUGUCCGGCGUCCGGGUUUAGGGUCGUCUCCGGGAGGACUUCGGGCGGGUCGACCCUGAGGACGUGAGUUACAGUUUGGAGGUGAGGCUGCUGCAGCAGCCCAACUUGGAGAAACUUGUCACCGUUGGAAUAGUCGUGGUACCUUGCAGAACGCCGGGUUCGCAGCCUCUCCUGUGUGAAAACCACAAGCAAAGUGUCAGAGUUUUCCGCUCAGAUCAACAACUUCAAAUUCUUAGCAUGGAAAAUUCAGAGAAGACCGAAGUGGUUCUCCUCGCUUGUGGUUCUUUUAAUCCUAUCACCAACAUGCACCUCCGGCUGUUUGAGCUGGCCAAGGACUACCUGAAUGGAACAGGAAAAUACAGAGUUAUCAAAGGCAUAAUCUCUCCUGUUGGCGAUGCAUAUAAGAAGAAAGGACUCAUCUCUGCCCACCACCGAGUUAUCAUGGCAGAACUCGCCACCAAGAAUUCAGAAUGGGUGGAAGUUGACACCUGGGAGAGUCUUCAGAAGGAGUGGGUAGAGACGGCCAAGGUGCUAAGACACCAUCAGGAGAAACUGGAGGCUGGGAGCUGUGAUCUCCAGCGGGACGCACCUAUGCAGGCAAGGCCCGGACAGAAAAGGAAGUGGGCUGAACAAAGACAAGAUAUUAGCCCAAAGAAAUUGCUAGAGCCAAAACCAAAAGAUGUGCCCAAGGUAAAGCUGCUGUGCGGGGCAGAUUUAUUGGAGUCCUUUGCUGUUCCCAAUCUGUGGAAGAGUGAGGAUAUCACCCAAAUUGUGGGAGACUACGGGCUCAUAUGUAUUACUCGGGCUGGAAAUGAUGCUCAGAAGUUCAUCUACGAGUCAGACACGCUGUGGAAACACCGGAACAACAUCCACCUGGUGAAUGAAUGGGUCACCAACGACAUCUCAUCCACAAAGAUCCGGCGAGCCCUCAGAAGGGGCCAGAGCGUUCGCUACUUGGUACCAGACCUUGUCCGAGAAUAUAUCGAAAAGCACGAUUUGUAUAGCUAUGAGAGUGAGGAGAAGAAUGCCGGUGUCAUCCUGGCUCCCUUGCAGAGGAAGCCUGCGGACACUAACUCGAAUCGUACAGCAUGAGGUUUUGGACUUCCAGCUGGGGAAUUUGAAACAGUCUGGCUGUUAGGAACUGGGAAGAGGAAUUGUGAUCUUAUGUCAUAAACGAAAGCUAUCUAAAAGUCUGGUAAAAGUCAAGAGUAGAUUCAGAUCAGGUUUCUCAUUUUGUUGGAAAUUGCUAAGAUGAAUGUGUCCAAUAUGGUCUUUUUUUCCCUUCUUUUUUUUUUAAGAACAUACAAAUCCUUGAAUCUUUAAAAUGGGAUUAGCAGUACGAAAACCAGAAGACCUUCAAUUUAACUAAAAAGAAGAAGUCAAAAAGGACAUUUUGGCGUUCCAUGAUCUCAGUCUAAAACUCUUGAGUUUCUAAAGAGCCCUGCUGUUUCUGUUCCAGCCCCCUGUGAAUCUGCCAUUUCUGAAUUUAAGCAGAAAAAGGAUGUACUUUCUUACCCUUUUCCCCUUACCCUUUUCUAUGCACUUUAACCAAAGUAGAACUCCCAAAUAAUAACUGAGAUCAUUAUUACGUCACAAACGCAGUUACAAACACAGGCUUGUUAUAUAGUUGGGUGCUGAUUAAAGUUGUGUGGAGGUUUUACCAACUGGUAAAGCAACAAGACUAGAAAUAGCUUUUACAGAGUGUUACGAUUCAUGAAAUCCUCCUGUGAUAGAAACAGGACUGAAAUUUCUCAUGAAAGAAUAAUUAACCCUUUUGCAAUUUAUAGCACACUUACAUCAUUCGAGAGGAAGGGUUUAUGACUCUGUGAAAGGAAAAAAAUACUUAAAACUGUGCAGUUUUCCAGUCAAAUCUGAGUGCACAGUUGCAAAGGGACAACGCGAAAGCUGGCCAACAUACAUUCUGCCGCUACUGACUUCCUCUUAUCGAAGCCAGCAGGCCAGCUUGACGGAGACCCGGGAGGCAUACAGAGCCUGCCACCAGUAGGCUUUGGUCUCUGCUGACAGAGGGACUUGGAUCGUGGAGAUGAUGGCCAUUUCUCCCCAUCCUUAGCUUUUAGGAGUUGAGAGUUGAAGUAAUCCUGGAAAAGAACCAUCUGUUGAAGUGAUCCGGAAAAAGAACCUUCUAGAAGCGGAUAAAGCUACUGAAGUGUGUAACUUUGAUUUCUUCUCCUGGAAAACUGUGCUUAGUUCAUCUGACAUGUUUAUGGAAUGCAGAAGGGUUCCAAUGCUAGGAACUUCUCUCUUUUAUUUUGUAGAGACUUACACCGCGGUGCCUUCCUACCUAGAAGUGCCCCCUGCCCCGCUCAGCUGUGAGUAUAUUGAAUUCGGGAUGCCCUCGGUAAAGCAUUUGAGGACCUCCCAGGAGACUUGGUCAUAGUGAAUGAUCUUAUUGUUGGGCUAUUUCUGGAUCAAUACCUUUGUACAUGGAACAAGCUGCUUUUAGCUUUGUCCUAGUACCAAGGACGCUGCUACUGCCACAGCAUAAUCAUGUAGUUGUGAGUGACCUCAAGGGCAGAAUUUCCUGUUUUGAUAAUGAAAAUUAGAACAAUGAACUUCACAGGGGAAUAAAUGUUAAUGAUUGCCGUGACUUCCACUGAGGAAGAAGAAAAUAUGCCAUUGUAUUUCCUUGUAUGGCUUUUUCAUAAUCUGCUCUUGUAAUGUGAAUGUGGAGUUUAGGAGACGAAAGCUGGUGCGGGUGUGUUUGCUGUGGGCGCGUUUUAUGUGUUGCACUCCUUUGACUCUUACAUUGUAGAAUUCGAGUGCAGCAGAGGAACAAAAGUCCUGUGCUGGCAACUUAAUUCCGUUGAAUGUACAACAUCUGGGGAGAUGUUUUGUUGUUUAUGUGUUUAGGGGACAAGGGUGAACAGUAAUCCAUUUAGAUGAGAGGAGCGGGUUCUCCUUGGUGAUCAGGGGAGAGAGACUGAGCCAGAGGCAUGAUUUAGGCUCAUCUUCUUGCAUCAAAGGAUGCUCGCUCUUUUUCUGCCAUCUUGAGGGUCUCCCCACAGGGUGGAGGGAUGCCUUCUCUGUCAGGGUCAGCAUGCAUGGUAGUGGUGGGGGUGCUGUUUUUCUUACCCCAACCUCUGAAUCGCUUCUGUCGGCCCAGAAGUCACUGUAUUCUGAGAUGGGCUCCUUUAGCCUUGACUUCCAGGCGCCACAGGACAUCCCUUCUGCUGUCCUCAUACUCGUUCCCACAGGCCCCGGGAUCUAGAACACCCAUCCCAGCGCCCCCCACCUGUGAGGAUGUACCGUGUCUACCUCUGAAAUCUGUACGUAGUUUACCAGUGGUGCUGUUUGAUCUUCAGAACGCCAGCACUACUGGGCACCGACAAGGUGCUGGGCCGGUGUGAGUCAUGAGGAAAUGAGGCACAGUUAGGUGACUGCUGUAAGUGACACACCUGAGUCUUGAAUGAACAGUGUGUCUUCAGAGCCUGGGCUCUUAACUUCUUAAUGCCUUACGUAAUAUGAUACUCUUCAAAGAAUGAAGUUUUCGCCAAAUCUUGAAGUUUUCAUCCACCCCAAGCAGAUGAGUGCAAAUAAAGAACCCUUUGAACAUGU